AUGACAAGCAGGUCGCAUUCUGGUUCACGACGUCCUUCAUCGGUAUUUGACGAUGUCCCGCAUGCUCCUUAUCUCUCCGGAUCCCCCGAUGUAUCGCCAACAGAUCGGCGAUCUCCCUACGGGUUUCAAAGCAACAGAAAAGCUCUUGCUGUACUAGGUACAUCCGAUUAUCCUGUGAGCACAAUGCCGCGAAAUAAUCCUUCGUCAGCAAGCAACCGUCCUAAACCCCCGGCUCUUCAUGCCGUACCCCCUUCUCCGUCGUCCCCGCCUCCAACUAGCGCUAAUCACGGGACGUUUUUCAAUGAUUCGUCUGAAUUCGAUGACACUUCCCCAUCCCCUCGUCCAACCACUUCGCAUUCCGUUGCGAGCAAUUCGCCUGACUUGGUUUAUGAUGAUGGUGGCCGAAGACCCUCAAUCGCGAGUAUCGCGACCGGUAGUAGCGGAGGUUCAAGGUCUACGGGCAGUGCGCGAUUUCAUAAGCGGUUACAAGGCUUUUUUGGUGAGGAAUAUCAGGAUGGCGCAUCUAUGGAGCGAUCUAUAUCGAACCGAGUUCCUAGCAUCGUUCAUAGCCGGGAUCGGCACAACUCGCUGAAUUCCGCCAAUACUCUGGAGCGGCGGCCAUCCCCCAGCCUCUCCGCACCUCGAACACCCCUUCCUUCCAGUGAAGUUACCCCCUGGGAAUUCCAAGACUUCAGUGAUAUCCCCCAGCUUGGAGAUGCUCCUGUGCGCGAGGAGCCUACGGAAUCUAGCGCGAGAUAUACAGCUAGCAACGCCACCGUGCGGCCAAGGCAUCGUUUCCAUCUCCCGGGACACCGCCAUAACAUUAGCAAAGAGGAUCAAAGUAGUGCUGGUUCUUCUCGACCAUCCACGAGCCGCGAAAAUCUCAAUCCUUCGCGCACAUUGAAGGAUCACGCCCUGGGUAUUUCAACUCCUAUGAGCAUGUCGACAACGACCCUUGGCGCCCGCUCGAGCAGCCCGACUCCUAGUGCCCAAAGUGCUGGCCUUCGUGACCCAGGCCAGCUCUCACCCCGCGCUCCCACUCCUAAAAGAUCACUUUUCGAUAAGAUACGAAGACCAAAAGGCCAAGGCGUCUCUUUGUUAAAACACCUCCCAAGCUCUUCCAGUAUACUGCAAGAACCCCUGAAAGGAUCGAAGCGCCUAAGAGCCGAGAUGUCCCCAGGAUCGCGCUCCAGGAAUGGAAGUGUCGAGGCUAUGGGGCCUGGAAGGCAAUGGGAAUAUAUUGACUAUGAUCGAAAGAAGGAGCCUUACGGCAGAUCUGGCCCUAGUAAGUUGCGACAUGGCCGAUUGCCAUUUUCUCAUGAUAGUGGGCCAAGUAAAGACGCCGAUAAACACGAGCGCGAGAUGUUUGAAGGGGAACGGGUCUUUUUGGAUACCAAUCUCGGUGAUAUGGAAGGGAUUAUCCGAAAACCACGUCCCGGGUCACCGACAGACACCGGAGGUAUUUUCACUGGGGUUGACCACGCUGACAAAAACUUCCGAACCGUUCUCGACACGCCUGCCGCUGGUGACUGGCACGCUCCAGAAAGUUGGGCAGUGAAAAAGCCAAGCGACGACAUCGUUAGUCGGCUUCCUGAGCUGGCGGAGGACGAUGCGAGUUUAUCAGUGGAUGAGGAUGGCCAUCCCUACUGCGUCCGUGUCUUUCGAAUCGAUUCCACUUUUGCCACGCUAUCUGCCGGUCUCAAUACUACUGUCACUGAGAUUCUUGAAAUGCUUGGUCGCAAGUCCUUCCUUCAAGAUGAUUUGAACAACUACGAUAUAGUAAUGCGGAAGAAUGACCUUUCCAGGAGAUUGGAUCAUGGAGAGAGACCGAUUCUUAUGCAGAAACGGCUUCUGGAACAAGCCGGAUACCAAUCUUCCGAUCGAGUUGCAGAUAUAGGACGAGAAGAUAAUAGUUACCUUGUCCGCUUCACCUUCCUCCCCACGAAGCUGGGUAUAUAUUCCAGUCUUGAUUCGGAAUUAGCGUUUAAUGAGAAUCAGAAAUUCAGCCACCUCGACCUCCAAAGCAAGAAUCUUGUCACGAUUCCCAUUAAAUUAUAUAAAAAAGCGCCGGAGAUCAUAUCGCUGAAUUUGUCGAGGAACCUAGCGCUCGACGUUCCCAAGGACUUUAUUCAGAGCUGUAUCAACCUGCGCGAAAUCAAGUUCAUGAGCAACGAAGCGUGGCGUCUACCUGCCAGCUUUAGUUUGGCAAAUCGAUUGACAUAUCUGGAUAUCUCAAAUAAUUGCCUGGAGCAAUUGGAGCACGCUGAGCUACAUAAUUUACGUGGACUUGUGAGCUUGAAGAUGGCGAAUAACAAGCUUUCCUCGUUGCCUUCUUACUUUGGUGACUUUCCGUCGCUCAGAAGCCUGAACAUUUCAUCCAACAACUUCCAGUAUUUCCCAGAAUUUCUCUGCAACUUGGAGUCGCUGGUGGACCUGGACAUAAGUUUCAACCAGAUCACCCAGCUAUCGAAUAUCGGGCGCCUACAAGCGUUGGAGAGACUUUGGGUCACCAACAAUGCGUUGACCGGAGAGCUCGGGGAGACAUUCAAGCUCCUUGUGAAUCUGAAAGAGAUUGAUGCCCGGUUCAAUGACAUUAGCGGGAUUGACAACCUUACACAGUUGCCUCGACUGGAAACCCUUCUCAUAGGCCAUAAUUCCGUCUCUUCGUUUUACGGCUCCUUCGUCAAACUGCGAACAUUGGUGAUGGAUCAUUGUCCCGUAACAGAUUUCCAUCUUACCGCCCCUGUGCCUACACUACAGUCUCUUAACAUCGCUUCAGCAAAGCUUGUGCAAUUCAAGGAUACUUUAUUCACCAGUAUGCCGAAUUUGAUGAAAUUAUACCUUAAUAAAAACCAUUUCGUCACAUUAUCUCCAUAUAUUGGAUAUCUCCGCAGGCUUGAACAUUUCACCAUGGCGAAAAACCCCUUAUCCCAGCUGCCACCAACUAUUGGAUGCCUAACUGAGUUAAGAACUUUGAAUUUGAGGGAGUGUAAUUUGAAAAGGCUCCCUGGGGAAAUUUGGUACUGUCUCCGGCUCGAGAUUCUAAAUGUUUCGUCCAAUGUUCUUGACACUUUUCCAAAGCCGGCAACUUCCCCUCCACAACUCCCAACGGCCGAAGUUCAGACUAACGGGACUUCCGCAUCAACGCCCGGUCUGUAUGGCUCUCCUAGUUAUGAGGAGCUUGGAAAAUUGGAAGGGUUUGAGGCGCGAAGACCAAGUCAAGCUUCUGGAGGUUAUCUCAGUGCGGGAAGCCCUCCUCCUGAUGCUCCCAGAAAGCUGUCAGUCACAUCACUUGGUGGCAGGCAACAGUCUGUGGCGUCUCGAUCGGGAACUGAUGGGUCCAGAAAGGAUUCUACAUUUUCCCAGAGGAUGUCGAGCACUUUUGCUGGUUCAUUGAGGCAGCUAUAUCUUGCGGAUAAUAGGCUGGAAGAUGAUCUUUUCCACCAACUCGUAUUAUUACCCGAAUUAAGGGUGUUGAAUCUGUCAUAUAACGAAUUGACAGAGCUCCCGCCAGGUGUCUUGAGGCGCUUACAGUUUCUCUCGGAGUUGCAUCUUUCAGGGAACGAGCUUAGCGCGUUACCUUCUGAUGAUCUCGAAGAAUCCAGCAACCUCAAGACACUUUAUCUCAAUGCGAAUAAGUUCCAGGUGCUCCCCGCUGAGCUCUGCAAGAUCAAUAAACUGGCAGUGUUGGAUGUUGGCAGCAAUUCGUUGAAGUAUAACGUUUCAAAUUGGCCAUAUGAUUGGAAUUGGAAUUGGAACCAUAACCUUCGAUAUCUCAAUUUCUCUGGGAACAAGAGAUUUGAGGUCAAACCGAGCUCGUCAUAUGCAUCUGGUGUCGGCAAUAUCAAUGGGACAGACUUGACAAAUUUCAAUUCCCUCAGCUACAUUAGAGUGCUCGGGCUGAUGGACGUCACGCUUACCAUCAAGAACGUUCCCGAAGAGACAGAAGAUAGGCGCGUUCGCACGUCGGCAUCAGCUUCAGGGUUGAUCUCCUACGGAGUGGCUGACACCCUUGGUAAAAAUGAACAUCUUUCUAUGAUUGAUAUGGUGGUCCCGCGCUUCAGGGGAAAUUCGAUGGAAGCCAUCAUUGGCAUGUUUGAUGGCAAUUCAUCCUUAAGUGGCGGGUCGAAAAUUGCUAAAUUCUUACAUGAAAAUUUCCCUUCGACGUUUGCAAGUGAGUUGAAUAAACUACGAACGUACAAAGAUGAAGAAGCAGACGAUGCCUUGCGAAGGGCAUUCUUGGCGCUCAACAAGGACUUGGCAACAGCGGCACACAAAUCCUUGGACGAAAGGGAGUCUCGGCACUGGGACCGGGUUUCUGGCAUCGGAAAGGUUCUCAACCAGGAUGACGUGCGGUCCGGCGCCGUUGCGACAAUACUCUAUCUUCGAAAUAUGGACCUUUUUGUUGCUAACGUGGGGAAUGCACAGGCUGUUUUGGUGCAGUCUAAUGGCCAGCACAAAUUUCUCACUCGAAACCACGACCCAGCUGAAACAUCGGAGAGGCAACGCAUAAGGAAAGCUGGUGGAUAUGUCUCCAGAAAUGGAAAGCUGAACGACCGCUUAUCCGUCUCGCGUGCGUUCGGCUACUUCCACAUGAUUCCCGCUGUAAUGGCUGCACCAGACACUUUGAAAGUGACGUUGACCUCUCAAGACGAAAUGAUAAUUAUGGCGUCAGGAGAAUUAUGGGAUUAUGUUACUCCUGACGUUGUAGUUGAUGUUGCACGAGCGGAGCGCUCCGACUUGAUGAUUGCAUCUCAGAAGAUCCGCGAUUUAGCCAUGUCUUACGGUGCAAGUAAUAAACUAAUGGUAAUGAUCGCAGGCGUGAGUGACCUGAAGCGACGCCAGAGGAACAAGUUUACGAGGAGCGCCAAUAUCCCUAUGGGCCCAACCACUCCGUUGACCGAUGAUAGCAUACUCCUCACCAGCAAGAGGGUCAAACGCCCUCGUGAUGCACCAAGUGACUCAAGGCUAGCGAGAUUGGAUCGUGUGGAAGCACCGACUGGAGAACUGGCUAUCGUGUUUACCGAUAUUAAGAAAUCUACCUCGCUAUGGGAAACCUACCCCAUUGCUAUGAGAUCUGCGAUUCAGAUACAUAAUGAAUUGUUCAGACGACAGCUCAGUUUAACUGGUGGUUUUGAAGUCAAGACCGAAGGAGACGCGUUCAUGGUCUCUUUUAGCACCGCAACUGCAGCAUUGUUGUGGUGCUUCACGUGCCAGACUCAGUUGCUGGACGCUCCCUGGCCCACUGAGAUUCUCGAUUCUCCGGCCUGCAAAGAACGAUUUGAUGCUGAGGGUAAUCGAAUAUAUCGUGGGCUAUCGGUGAGAAUGGGCAUGCAUUGGGGUCAGCCCGUAUGUGAAAGAGAUCCCGUGACGGGGCGUAUGGAUUAUUUCGGGCCUAUGGUCAACCGUGCGUCGCGUAUUUCAGCAGUAGCAGAUGGCGGCCAGAUCUUUGUCUCAUCGGACUUUGUGGCUGAAAUUCAGCGGACACUGGAAGCUUUCGCGGAUUACGAGCGAAGCAGUUCAACAGGCUCAGAAGACGCUUGGCCUGAUGAACUCUUGAACAAUUCCAUCCGAAAUGAUCUUUAUCAGCUCAGCACUCAGGGUUUUGAGGUCAAGGAUCUAGGCGAGCGCAAAUUAAAAGGUCUUGAGAAUCCGGAAUUUGUGUAUUUGAUGUACCCGCAUUCGCUGGCCGGCCGCCUGGCUUAUCAACCCGAUCUGUCGGAGGAGCGAAACGAAAUGCCCGUGCCAGGAACUUUAGGGCGGAACUCCAAACUUAAUAUUGAGGCAGAUCAGUUUUGGCGGUUGAUGAAAAUAUCACUUCGGCUAGAGGCGUUCUGCAGUGCUUUGGAAAAUCCGAAUGCGUCGACGUUGAUAGAGCCUGAUAUCAACUUGAUUAAUGCGAUCAAAGCUCGUGGCGGUGAGAUCACCGAUGCUUCUGUUUUGAACCUCCUUGAACACCAGGUCGCUCGUAUUGAGACAUGUACGAACACCCUUGCCAUCCGGCACAUGAUGCGGCCUUUUAGACCUGGCGAUAGCCUUGAGGAUCAUGCUGUUCCCAUGAUCGAAAUUAUCAAGCAGCUUCAGGCUCAGCUAGCCGAGUUUAGAGCCUUGAAAGAACAGAUCGACGUUGUGAAUUCCAGCAUAUCUAUUCCACCAUCUCCAAAUGGCAACCCCAUACAUCGCGCGGUUUUUCUAGGCAACGAUCAAACGUCGUCUACGCCCACCAUUGUGGAUCUUAGCUGUGAGAAUUGCUCUGAGGACACUGAUGUUAUGUGUUUCAGAGAAAUGUAACCCUUCCAUCACCUCUGAUGUUUCACUGUUUUCCCCGUUGGCUGGUUUGGACCGGUUAUGACACUAGAAUUUGUGUUUAUUGGCGACAUGGGUCUGGCCGGAGUCAGCUGUCCCACACUUUGUUUUUUUGGAAAGCUCGAACCGGCGUUCUCUGACGGGUCGGCUUUUUUUGUGUCAGCAUUCCCAGGGAGAUAAUCUUCUUGCAUAUAUCUUGUGGUAUAUUUGUUGUUUCCUGCAUUCUUGUCUAUGAGAUUGGUGUCUUUAGACAUAUGGUUGUUUUACGGAAUUUUUGCCUCAUUUUUCUUGGGUCAUGUAAUUUAGGAUCUUGAUGCUUAUACUGAAUGACAUGUCGACGUAAAAA